AUGGCAAUGGAGAAGAAGGUUGUUCUAGUUGUUGCUUUAUCGUUUGCUCUACUUCUGAGCUUAGCCCAGUGCUUCGAUUUCCAUGAAAAGGAUCUGGAGACGGAAGAUAGUCUCCGGGACUUGUACGAGAGUUGGAGGAAUCAUCACAUGGUUACUCGAGAUCCCUUAGAGAAGCCAAAGCGUUUCAAUGUGUUCAAAGAGAAUGUUAAGUUCAUUCAUGAAUUCAACAAGAAGGAUCAUCCUUACAAGUUGAAGCUUAACAAGUUUGGUGACCUCACCAACCUUGAGUUCAGGAAUCUCUACGCAAGCUCCAAGGUAAAGCAUCACAGCAUGAUGAGAGGGUCUUCACGUGAAGCCACUGGUGGAUUCAUGUACGAGAAGUUCGAUAAAGUCCCUUCCUCCAUCGAUUGGAGAGCCAAAGGUGCCGUCACCCCUGUCAAGAACCAAGGCCAAUGUGGAAGUUGCUGGACUUUUUCAACUGUUGUUGCGGUCGAGGGCAUAAACCAAAUCAAAACCCAGAACCUGCUGUCCUUGUCUGAGCAGCAACUGGUGGAUUGCGACACAGGGGAUGGUAACCAAGGCUGUAAUGGAGGUCUCAUGGAUCGUGCGUUUGAGUACAUCAAGAAGGUUGGAGGGAUCACUACAGAGGAGAGUUAUCCCUACACAGCCACAAAUACAACUUGUGCUGUAUCCAAGGUGAAUGCUCCCCUGGUGACAAUUGAUGGACAUGAGAACGUUCCUCCUUUCGAGAUUUCCUUGAUGAAAGCUGUAGCAAACCAACCUGUCUCUGUUGCCAUUGAUGCUAGUGGUCAAGCUUUCCAGUUCUACUCAGAGGGAGUAUUCACUGGACCCUGUGGGACAGAACUGGAUCAUGGAGUGGCAGCUGUAGGGUAUGGAACAACUGUUGAUGGAACCAAGUACUGGACCGUGAAGAACUCAUGGGGAGCAGAUUGGGGAGAACAAGGUUACAUUAGAAUGAAGCGUGGAAUACCAGCCCAAGGAGGAUUGUGUGGUAUAGCCAUGGAAGCUUCUUAUCCUAUCAAAAUCUCCCCUGAUAGGGAUGCCAAGCCGGUCUCCCCUCUCAAGGACGAGCUCUGAGGAGAAGUGACAUUUUUCUUUGAAGAUUUUUGUGGUUAGGCCUUAGUUAAUAAUGUAAUCUCUUGUUUGCUGUAUCUCGCCGAGAAUGGAAUAAAAUUUUGUAUCACCAUCUAUGAGCAGCUGAGAAUGAAAAUUUCUUUUAAUUGUUG